AUGUGUAAAGUGAUGCAAGGGACCCAAACUUCACUAUCAACCAAGGGAAAGAAAACAAGGCAGAGAGAGAGAGAAAAAGAGUGAUUAGACACACUUUUUAGGUUCUUCUCUUUUUUUUUUCUUUGAAGGGUUUUGCUUUGCUUUCCCCAUCUCUUUCAUUCAGUGAGAAGAAAAACAUGUAAUUCUCUUUUCUUCCUUUUCCUUUUCCUCUCUCAUCUCCUUCACCGUCUCUCAUUAAUUAUUUUUGUUCCUUUUCGUCUCAUACAACACAAACAUUUAAGCUAAAAACCCUAGAAAUCAAUUCAAGAGCUUUUCAAGGUUCUGAAAUUCACCACUUCUGUUGGCCAUGCGAAAAUCAUGCUUGGAUAACAAUCAUCAUCGAGAAAACGAUUCUUAGUUUAACUGUUUCCACAUAAAAUAGCUAAGACGGGGGGACUUUGUUGUGUGGCCGCUGGGCCACAGGAAACGAAGGCCAGUACGGGCAGUAGAGACUAUUCCUCCAUCCAUGGUGAACCUCACUGGCGAACAAAUUCAAGCUUUUCACCUCCUCCUCCAUCUAGGAGAUGGGACUGUAGAUAUCAGUCAGUUGGUUUGCCUCAGGAGUCGAACGGGCCUCCAUUAUUCUCCGCAUCUCUACCAUCAAAUGGUAAAAGAAGCAGAAGUAGGGUGAGCAGUGAUCAAUAUGCAAACCAUCAUCAACAUUCUCUGUCUGAUGGCGUGGUUUCUUAUUCUGGAAGCCCCUCUGACAAUUUUCAGGGAUCCCGAUGGACGCCAGAGCAACCUAAAUACACUUGUCAAGAGUUCCCUACUGCGUCUGUGGCAGGGUCAAGGUCUGAAGCUUCUCCCUAUCCCUUCUCUGUGGAGAGGCGGUUUACUGGUGGAGCAUCAGCAGCUCCUAACAGUUUUGGAUCUCCAUCAUCACUUUCUGAAUCCAGCCCGUGGGCUUCGACUAGCAAACAACCUGAAUCCCUCCCUCAGCGCACCUUUUCAAGCCGACGUUCUUUCUUAUCAAAACCUGUUUACCCAUUAAUUUAUCGAAAUCCUGUUUCUGAUGGUGAAGCCUUCGGUUCUGUGGAAAGCAGUUGUGUAAACAGGUUAGCAACUCCGGAAAGUAGGAAUUCAUCUCAUUGGCCCAGUAGUAGCAGUCCUACUCUCGAACACAAAUUCCAGAAAACACUAAACCAACUCCAGACGAUGGAUGCUUCUCCAGAUCAAAGCAUGAGCUCUAGAAGAGAGGGUUUCCGAUGGAGUAAUGCAAGUAGUUAUGAUCUUGGAUUUGAUGCGGAGAGCUUUGGUGUAGCAGAGCAUGUGGAGUUGGAGAAUCCAAGGUCACCCAACUACACAGCACAUCAGAAAUGUGUGCUGUGUGGACGACUCCUUUCGCAGAAAUCCCCAUGGAGUUCGUACUGUAUGGUUAGAGGUGGGGACAUGCCUAUUGCUGGAGUGCUGUCUUGCAGUCAUGUCUUUCAUGCAGAAUGUUUGGAGCAGGCAACGCCAAAGGCUCAGGUUAGCGAGCCUCCUUGUCCAAUAUGUCUGAAAACUGUUGCGGUCAUAGAAGGGUCCGAGUCAUUUUCUGAACCACUUCAGAUGGCCUUGAGAACAAUUAGAAGGAAUCGAGGGGUUGUAAUUUCUGAAAACAUGGAAAAUAACGAAUCUGAUGGAUAUGUAGAUCCAACUGAAAGCACCGGCUUAAGAAGAAACCAGUCUUUAGCAGGGUCAAAGCAAAACGGAAGUAGCAGUUCCUUAAUAAAGAGUCAUCUAAAAAAGCAUCUUUCCUUUAAGGGGAAGUCUGGGAAGGAAUUUUUUGGGACGAAGAGUAUAUUUCGGAAGAUAGGAUCAUCAUCGUCAAGCCAAGACCAUGUUGGUUGCCGUAGACCUACCAGGAAAAAGUAGCUGUUGUAGAUGUUAGAUAGUCUCUGUCUGUUUGUAAGAUUGGAUGUGCAUUUUGUAUUUUCCUUUUUCUCUUUGCUGUCCUGUGUUUUUUUUCUUUUCCAAAGCCAGCAUUACAGAGCUGAUGUUAAUAUGUUUAUGGAUCCGAUUGAUAUACUAUGAGUUAAAAGUCAUACUGACGAUACUAGUAAAAAGCUACCUGUUGAAUCAAGUAAUAAGUUAAAGUCA